AGGUACGUCCUCUCUAUGAUGCCAUACACCGGAGAUGCUUAGAGCUUCCACUUGAAGAGAACCUUUGCAUUGAUGAACAAAUGGUACCAUUUCGUGGAAAUCUGUCUGUCAAGCAAUACAUCAAAGGCAAGCCACAUCCCUGGGGAGUGAAAAUAUACUUUCUGUGUGGGAAAAGUGGCAUAGCCUAUGAUUUCCUGUUGCACCAAGGAGCUACAAUGGAGAUAUCACAGCAGCAAAGAAAGCAGCUGGGACUUGGAGCUGGAGUGGUGUACCAUCUCAGCCAGCGAAUCACAGAGGCCAAUCACAAGUUGUAUUUUGACAACUAUUUUACAACGUACAAUAUUCUGGAGCUGCUGACUAAGAGGAAAAUUCAUGCUGCUGGGACAGCAAGGGUCUCUCGUUUUGCCAGACCUCCUCUACAGUCUGACAAAGAGAUGGCUAAAAAGCCACGAGGAAGCUAUGAUGAAGUUGUAAGCUGUGAUAGAAAGGUGGGACUGGUCAAAUGGUAUGACAACAGACCAGUUGUCAUGGCUUCCAACUUUGUUGGUGUUGGCAGACAGGAUGAAGUCCGGCGGUGGGACAAAAAGAAGGCCCAGUUUGUGAUGGUUUCCCGUCCAGAGGUUGUCAAGCUGUACAAUGAAGCAAUGGGUGGUGUUGACCUGCUUGAUCAACUCGUCAGUUUGUACCGCACAGAAAUCCGGUCAAAAAAGUGGACUCUGAGAAUGAUCACACAUGCUUUUGACCUUGCUGUUGUCAACAGUUGGUUGGAGUACAGGCUGGACUCCAAGAGGGCCAAUAACCCAACAAAAGACAUCUUGGAUCUCCUUCAUUUCAAGAUGAAUGUGGCCCAAUGUCUGGUGAGAGUUCAAAAAACAGUGGCAUCAAAACGUGGAAGACCCAGUAUGUCUCCGGAACCACAGAAUGCCCCUCACAGACCACCUCACCGGCCAGUUCAGGAUUCAAGGCCUCUACCUGAAGUUCAGUAUGACAUGGUUGACCACAUGCCAAAUUAUGAUGAAAAGAAAGAGGCCACCAGAUGCAAGAUGCCAGACUGUACCGGAAAAACACACGUCUGCUUCAAGGCUGCUCACCGAAAAUGAGUCCAUGGAAACAUCCAGAAGUGUGAUGUCUUCUGCAGGGCACAUUCCAAGUGUCCAAGUAAAUGUUUGAUCUGUUCAUUGGCCUGCUUCUAAAAAUAUGUAUGGUUAUCUUUUGGAAAUGAUACUCUACUGGAGGCAGAACUGGUUCUCUAUAAUCAUAUAUCUUUCAACUUCAUGUUUAGAUUGCUUCAUAGCAUCUUCCUCUCA